AUGCCAAAUAGUAUUGUUGUUGAUGUAGAUAUCAUUUUCAAAUUCAUGUUGAUGGUAAUAGAAGUGCCUACUGCUUUUGCUGUCAGGGACAUCCUUGGAAAUGUGCUCAGUGGAUUGUCUAUGCAGUUUUGGAAACCUUUUUCAUUGGGUGAUACCAUAAAGGCAGGAUCUAUAGAAGGUCAGGUGGUGGAAAUGGGACUUACAAGCACAACAUUACUUAAUGCUGAGAAAUUUCCAGUUCUGGUUCCAAAUGGAUUGUUUACAAGUCAUACCCAUGUAAAAUUUUACGUUAUUGUGAACAAGUCACGAGCCCAAUGGCGUACAGUGGUGACCAAAAUUCCCUUGCAAAUUGAAGAUCUGGACAAGAUUCCUGAGAUAUCAAAUGACAUCAAGAGCAUGCUGCGAUCAAACUCAAAAGUUUUCUUGGGAAAGGAAGCCCCUUAGUUCCUUUCUUAUAUAGAAUGUUCUUAUGCAGAACUAACUGUUGGAUGCAAUCUCAAAAAUAUGAGCAAAGAUGAAUUAUACCCUGCACAACAAGAUAUUCUACUGCAGUCAGUCCAGAUUAUUAAGAAGCAUGGUGCUACAUUGGGCAAUGCAUUCCAGGGUACAGCCAGUCGGUGAUGCAGCAAAUGGAGUAUGAAAU